CUAUAAGCUGGAAUGGAUAGGACCGGACAGUAAAAGGCGGUGUCUUGGUUUUCGAUCUUCCUUCUCUUCUCUCUCGUACCCAUUCUCUCUCUUUCUCUCUGCUUGUUAUUUUCAUGGCGCGUCUCCUUCCAAGAGUACUAUCCUCCCUUACUCUAUGUCCUUGUGCAUCCAGCCCUUCUUCUUUCGCGGUUCCUUUUCUUUUAUCUCAUCGCCUCACGACCCAUAGAAGCCGAUCCAAUCGAUCUGAGAAAGCCCAAUUGGUCGAGGUAGACCUAGAGUCUGAUGGAGAUGUCGAGGCAAUGGAUAUGCGUAGGCUUGAUGAUGUUAUCCAUGGAAUUAUCGUCAAACGGGCGGCACCCGACUGGCUCCCAUUCAUGCCAGGCUAUUCCUACUGGGUCCCUCCCAUUCAUCGCCCUUCUGGUAUUGUUGAAAUUAUCAGGAGACUGACGAAUCCCCUCACUGACGACGAGUCCAUGUCUCUCAGCUCCUCACGAGGUUGGCCUUCCUCCACUUACUUCAUUGAAGCUAGUACUCCAACACAUCCUGUUUUGGAGGUUGAUGUGGAAGUGAAUGUUCAGGAAGUUGCAUCUAAGCAUACUGAUGAAGAAGAUUAAGAUGUAUGUCUACUGAAAUUGUUUCUAGGUUUGCAGACAGCUUCAUCUUGUAGAUACUUCAAAUAUGCGGAAAGAGCUUCUCAAGCACAGAAAUGCCUUUUGUACAGUAAGAUAGAUGACAUGAAUCUGAUGGCUAUGUGUUUCACAUGCUGACAUGAACACUUUUGCUCUUUGUCGGUUGAACAAUAUAAAACUGGAAUUUGUCUUUCGACAACAAAAUUUGGUUGGUUUUCAUUUUCAUGAGAUCGAUUUGAACACUGUUUGUUUUUCUUGAUAAUAAGCCAGGCUAGGUGUAGUUUGUAAAAGUUUUUAAUCGCUCUAGCAUAUCCUUCUUUCUUGAUAGCGUUGAACUAUUGGAUAUGUUGUAUUAUUAUUUAUUCCUUUUGCUUCUUUCUUAUUAAUAAAGACAGAUUUCCAGUU